AAUGUCUUCGAGAGGACAUUAAACAUGAAAACACAGAACCAGUUGAGAAAGCUUCAUACGCUCAUGGUGAAAUAGUGAAAGUGAACUGCAUAACAGGUUAUACUGGCUUGUAUAGAUUAAACUGUGAAAAAGGAGAAUGGAAAAAAUCCAUUGAGCGACCAUGUGCAAAGAGAAGAUGUAGUCAUCCAGGCGACACACCAAAUGGUGAUUUUAAACUUAAAGAGGGGACGGAGUUUGUUUUUGGAGUAACAGUGGAGUAUACUUGCAAGAAAGGGUAUGAAAUGGCAAGCAGAAUCAAUUACCGUACCUGCAGAGCUCAAGGAUGGGACAACGCCGUCCCU